AUGAGUGAAUUUAAGUAUCGACUGGAAGACAGAUGUACAUUACCAUGUUCUAUGGUGUGCCAAAACUGCCCAGAAUACAUGUACAGUUUUGAGACGUUGAGAGAGACCUGGACACGAGCCAGUCGCGAAGAAGGGAAACACUGCUACGAACGAAUUAAGUAUUAUUUCAACCAUUCUUUUGAUCGCCAUUUGAAAGAAAUGAUUUUUGUGGUAGCCUAUGAUCUCGAUCACAACGCAGGAAUUUUCCUGGACUACAAAGGGUAUACAUUCUUUAGAGAAAAGAUAGACAAGGCAGCAGAAAUGACAAAGAAUUUGCCCGACGUGGAACCAGUUAAAUUGUCCCGGAAAACACCGCAAAUUAUGCGAGUCUUUAAAACAUUGAAAGAUUUCGUCAUCUUCAAUGACCAGUUGCGACAGAAGAAUCGUUCCAUUGCUCGUCAAAGGCACAUCAACGGAGUACAUACGCUUCAAAGGAUAAAUGAAGUCAUUGAGCAAAAAUCACCCUUAUUUUUAGCUUUUAACGUAAAAUUUUUUGAGCAAGACUCCACAAAAAUCUUGCAAAUUGGAUACGUAGUGUUUUCGCUAGAAAGUGAGCAGGAUGGCGAAAACUAUCAUCUAUUCUUAGUAAAGGAAAAUGUACCUUUGUUAAACAAUAACACGCAGUUAGAGAGCUACGACGUCUCUUUGUUUCGAAGUGCAGAGGUUGCAAGACUAACUGAUAUAAUAAGCAAGCUUCAAGAAAACGUUUCUCACGUUGAUUUUUUGAUCACCCAUUCAACGUCUUCAGAAGAUAUUCGUAGUUUCCUCAAAUCUCAAGGCCUUCAAGAAGAGCACAAGGAAAUUAUUGAUACGCUCACCCUUCAUUCUGCACUUUUUCCUGACUCUCGGAAAAACAACAGCAUAGAAGACAUUCUCAUGAAGCUGGAAAUUCCGUGCGAAAUUCGCAAACUUCAAAACGCGGGUUAUAACGCUUUUUACAUCAUGAAGAUUUUUUUAUCGCUUUUAAAGCAAGAUUAUUGCGAAUAUCCUAAAUUGUAA